CUUACUAGACAGAAGUCUUCGAGCUGUCAGACCAGUCAGACGUACGAACGUAGCUGCGGAUAGACAUUUCGUGUUUUUCGUUGAAUUUGUUAAAAAAAGCAAACAAGGAAAAUGACUUCCAUAAAGGCCAGGUUAUUGAGCACGGUGGUGCAGCCGAUCUCCACUGGAAGAAACAAGAUCACCGUAGUCGGUGUUGGUCAAGUAGGAAUGGCUUGUGCUUUCACUCUUCUGACAAACAACGUGUCCAGCGAAGUCGCCCUCGUGGACGUGAUGGCGGACAAGCUGAAAGGUGAAAUGAUGGACUUGCAACACGGUAGCGCGUUUUUGAAAAACGCUAAAAUCAACGCGAGCACGGACUACGCCUCCACGGCUAACUCGAGCUUGUGUAUCGUGACGGCUGGUGCCCGUCAAAGAGAAGGCGAAACUAGGCUAGAUCUGGUUCAACGUAACGCAGACAUUUUCAAAGGCAUCAUUCCUCAGCUGGUCAGAUAUAGCCCGAACACGAUCCUCCUGAUCGUUUCGAACCCGGUAGACAUUUUGACCUACGUGGCAUGGAAACUGUCUGGCUUGCCAAAGAAUCGCGUGAUAGGCAGCGGCACCAAUUUGGAUUCGGCCCGAUUCCGUUUCCUCUUAUCGCAGAAAUUGAACGUAGCUCCCACAUCUUGCCACGGCUGGAUUAUCGGCGAACACGGUGACACGAGCGUGCCGAUAUGGUCGGGAGUGAACGUAGCUGGUGUAAGGCUGCGCGAUCUGAACGACAAAGUUGGUACCCCCGAAGACCCGGAACACUGGAGCGACUUGCACAAGCAAGUAGUCGACAGUGCAUACGAAGUGAUCAAACUAAAAGGCUACACAUCCUGGGCUAUCGGCCUCAGUGUGUCCAACCUAGCCUCCGCCAUAUUGAGAAACUCUAACCAAGUUCAUGCGGUAUCUACCUUGGUCCAAGGAUACCACGGAAUCGACAAAGAAGUAUUCCUCUCCCUGCCAUGCACGUUAGGCGAAGGAGGUGUCACAUGCGUCGUCCAACAAAAGUUCACGCAAGACGAAUUGAACCGUUUACAGAGUUCAGCGAACGCGAUGAACGACGUUCAACAAGGCUUAAAGUUCUAAGCGAUCUAUGACUGCGUAUUGCAGUAAUUCUUUCUAUUUAAACAACAACAGAACCCAGUUCAUCAGUUUUUAUUCUCGUAAACGUCAGUUUUUUAAUUAUGCACAAAGACUGUUGUUUGUAACGACUACUUAUCGUUUCUACUUACGUUUACUUUAUGCUACUUAUUAUUUGUGUACUGCGAAUAACGAAGGAUGUUUGGUCGAUAUUUAAUAGCGUGUCGACAAGAAUGUCGCAACUCGCUCGAUGAUUUUGAUGAUAUGUGUGUGUUCACGUUGGCACAUGGUGCUACUGUUGUGUACUGUUAAUGUUUUUAAAUAAUCGUGACAAGCUGUAUUGCUUACCCAAGCAACACAGUAUUUAGGCAAAUUGUAUUACGUAAAUGGCUAUUUAAUUUAAUGUAAAACAUGAUACUUAAACCGGUAAGCCUGGGCUAGUACAAAAAGGACGUACACAAAAUUCAAUGCAAGCGUGAAAAGAACAUUGUGAAAACUUCAAUUAUUGUACGUUUUUACAGCAUCAGGCGUAUUUUGUAAUAUUUAAUGUCUACCUCGGGAUAAAUCCUACACCGACUGAUGUAAGAUACAUUGGAUCGGUUCGGGUGUCCCUCUACCGAAGAUAUUCUUCUUACAAUCUAUCUUGUAUAUUUAUAACAAUAUUUUAAUAAAUAAUAGUGUUAUGCGAA